ACAGUACAGAAUCAAGAAAAAAAGUCAGAGGCGAAGAGUAACUACUUGAGAUCGGUCUGGUUGUGAUUUGUGAACACUCAUUACGAAGGUGGAACGACUGUUGUAGCCAUGCUUGCUAGGCAGUGCCUCAAGCCAUGGCGUACUGCUGCUGUUGGUUCUUGUCGCGAGCGUAUGCUGCAAGUUAGCGGCGCCUGUGCUAGUGUAACGGAGAGCCGACGAACACUGGCAACUACCUCACCCAGACUUGCUACGUUCUAUAACAAUGCGGCAGAGGCGGUCACUGAUGUCCGCGACGGAUCCAAGCUUCUCGUUGGCGGAUUCGGCCUGUGUGGAAUUCCAGAAAAGCUGAUCUUGGCACUGCGUGACUCUGGUGUGCGUGGUGUCACGGCAGUCAGCAACAAUGCUGGAAUCGAUGACUGCGGACUUGGCCUAAUGUUGCGCAAUCACCAGAUCAAGCGUAUGAUAUCGUCAUACGUUGGUGAGAAUGAGGAGUUUGCACGUCAGUAUCUGAGUGGAGAACUGGAAGUGGAGCUUACUCCGCAGGGUACACUGGCUGAGCGUCUUCGUGCGGGUGGUGCCGGUAUUCCAGCGUUCUUCACCGCGACGGGUUAUGGCACCAUGAUCCAUGAGGGUGGUGCGCCAAUCAAGUACAACUCCCAGAAGGACGUGGACAUUGCCAGCUCACCGCGUGAGGCACGCACGUUCAAUGGCCGUGACUACAUCAUGGAGGAAGCAAUCACGGGUGACUUUGCGCUCGUCAAGGCCUGGAAGGCCGAUCGCAUGGGCAACCUGGUGUUCAGAUCGACUGCGCGCAACUUCAAUCCGGCCUGUGCCCGGGCUGCCAAGAUCUGCAUUGCUGAGGUCGAGGAGAUUGUAGAGACCGGCGAAAUCGCACCCGCUGACAUUCACCUGCCCAGCAUCUAUGUGGACCGCAUCAUCCUGGGAGAAAACUAUGAAAAGCGUAUUGAGAGACUGACAGUGGCACGGCCAGCGAACGGCGACUCAGAUGCGUCUUCCGGUGGCGAUAGCAUCAGGGAGAGAAUCGUGCGCAGAGCAGCUCUGGAGUUCACCGAUGGAAUGUAUGCUAACCUGGGCAUCGGUAUGCCAAUGCUGGCCAGCAACUUCAUUCCUAACAACAUGACUGUUCACCUGCAGAGCGAGAACGGACUGCUGGGUCUGGGACCUUUCCCAGAGGAAGGCAAGCAGGAUGCUGACCUCAUCAAUGCUGGCAAGGAAACUGUUACUAUUCUUCCGGGUGGUGCAUACUUUGGCAGUGACGAGUCCUUCGCCAUGAUUCGAGGUGGUCAUAUUGACUUGACCAUACUGGGAGCCAUGCAGGUAUCGCAGAACGGUGACUUGGCAAACUGGAUGAUACCGAAAAAGCUUGUGAAGGGUAUGGGUGGCGCGAUGGAUCUGGUAGCCAGUGCAGACACACGUGUGGUGGUCACCAUGGAGCAUACUGCAAAGGGAAACAAGGCAAAGAUUCUGCCCGAGUGCUCACUGCCGCUGACUGGCAAACAGUGUGUUGAUCGUAUCAUCACAGAAAAGUGUGUGUUUGACAUAGUUCCAGGGCAAGGUCUGACCUUGGUUGAGCUCUAUGAGGGUGUCACAGUGGAGGAGGUGAAAGAAGCAACAGCUGCAUCAUUCAAGAUUGCAGACAACUUGAAGCCAAUGGGACAGAUUUGAGGUUAUAAUGAAGUCCACCUAUUGCCGGUAUUUGCUGUAGGUCGAGUAUGCUUACUAUACGUCGAGUAUACUGUCUUGGCUAACACUGACUCAUGAAACAUAGAAACUAAUAUUGAUAUGUAGGUUUUUUUAGCAUUGUUUCUUAUUUCCCUAACACUACUCACUGCUGCUGCUGUUGCUGCUGUGCAGAAUUUCCAAAGGUAUUAUUACUAUUGAGUAUUGUUGAGGUAGCGUAUUGGCUUUUAUAAGGGAUCUAUCCCAGGUAUCUUCGCUAGCAUGCAUUGCUUCGAAAUUGAGACAGUUUUACUUUGAGUUAGCUCUGCGAGGAGAGUGACUAGUAGCAGCCAUCCUUCUUACUGUCGCUAAAUUUUCAUUUCGGCAUGCUUAUUGCUCGCUCAUCUCAGUCAUGUUCUAUGUUAUAAACUUAUAAUCGUUUCUCUGCCUCUGUGUCUCGAAUGGUUUUGUUUUGUAGUUGCCUGUGAGCAACAUUUGGACUUACCCUCAAUCAAGGGGUUAUUUUAUUUUUGCAUUCAUUUUUAGAACAUUUGUACUAACCCCUAACAUGUUUGCUACAGUGGAUUCAGUCUACAUGCUUGUAGUCAUCCUCUGCCAUCACAAUGAAUGCCUUCCUGUGUGCGUCUGAAUAGUACAUGUGGUGUUUA